AUGGCGAAGACUAUGAAUGCCAACAGGACUAAUUGGGAAAGAAAUUUAGAUAAUGCAUUAUGGGAUUACAUCACAUCUUAUAAAACCACCAUAUGUGACUCACCUUAUCAGUUGGUGUAUGAUAAAGAUUGCCACUUACCAAUAAAUAUUGAGCAUAAGGCACCAUGGGCGUUAAAUAAGUUGAAUCUAGAGUGGAAGGAUGCAGCCAAGUCAAGGUUGAACAAUAUCAAUGAGUUGGAUGAAUUCCUACUCUGGGCAUAUGAAAGUUCAGCACUUUACAAGGAAAAGAUAAAGUUGCAUCACGAUCACAAAAUGAAGAAAAAAGUAUUCAAUAAGGGUGACGAAGUACUGCUCUAUAAUUCCAAGCUUCAUUUGUUUCCAGGUAAUCUAAGGUCAUGGUGGUAUGGUCCAUUCACGGUGAUAAGAGUCUAUCCCUAUGGUUCUUUAGAAUUCAAGAGGUAUGGUGAGCCCCCAUUUAAGGUAAAUUGUCAAAGAGUGAAGAACUACCUGAGAAAUAUAAAAGACAUAAAUGAAGUAGCUAAUAUUGAAUUUAACGUAGACUAUGUAGUCAAGGAAAUUACGUCGUUCCAUGAUGUUAAAUCAAGAUUGUAUGAGAGGGCUAAGAAAAUUAGAAAAUACUCAAGGAAGUUGAAGAGAAGUAGUCAUACAGAAUCUUUAUGA